AUGAUCAAAGAAAAAGAGAAAAAUCAAAGGUUUAUGGAAGAGGUAAAGAAGGAUAGGCCCGAAGAAGAGGUUUGGAAUGUGCGCUAUAUUGGCACAGUUUCGCUGUGUGUUCAUGACACAUGGUUCUAUUACAACGUAGACAUUUGUACCACGUUUUUCGAUAAAAAGAAUGAUGACAAUAUCCACAUCGCGUGUGCUUUGCUACUUUAUUAUCAGCGAUUAAAUCACGAGGAUCUUGAACUUCGGGAAUCUCGUCAGUUGAGUUCAGAAUUCGAGUGCUUACCUAAUGGUGCUCCUAUUCCUGGCGUUCCUCGUGGCCGAACUUCUAAUUCCUCUGAAAGUGAUCAAUCAACUGAAAGCCUUCUUCACCCCGACAAACUUGAUUCUUUGAGUUCUUUGGUCAGGUCUUCUCCUGCCGAGCCUUCUAUUCGGCUUAGGUCCAGGUCUCCUGCCAGGCUUACUUCUUUACGAGGACUUGAAUUAAACUUUGAUCGACUUAAAUCUAUUCGGCUCAUUCCCAAUUGUGACCCAGGCGUGGCCGUAGAUCGUUUUUUUCACGCAAUCUACUCGUCCAACAGAAAUAAUGUAAUGCCUCUUCUUCUUGGUACGGCAUGUUCUGAAGUGUCGGAGACUUUAGCAAAAAUUGUUCCCUACUGGAAUAUCGUUCAAAUUUCUUUUGGGUCAACAGCACCUGCUCUUUCAGACCCAACGGAAUUUCCACUUUUCAUACGAACAGUUGCUCCUGACUCGAGUCAUAACCCGGCCAGAAUAGCGCUCGUCAAACAUUUUGGUUGGGAUACAGUCACGGCAUUUUCACAAAAUGGGGACAUGUAUGCUUUGGCAGUGAACGAUCUGGUCACGGAAUUGGAACAAGCAAACAUCACGUGCACCGCUACGAUCACGUUCGCUGAAAAUGAUUAUAAGGAACAGCUACGAACCCUCAAGGACUUAGAUACAAGGAUAAUCAUAGGCAGCUUUUCGCCUCGGUUAGCACCGCACGUUUUUUGCGAGGCUUGGAAGCUGGGAAUGCACGGAGGUGAUUACGCUUGGAUCUUACCGGGAGACACGAUAGACCUGUCAGGGAUGACAGGCGAUUGGUGGCACAUAGGACCAGAGAACUGCUCGCCUUCGCAGCUGUUACAAACCCUGGAUGGCCUGAUUAUUGUUAAGAGCCAUGGGGCUAUGUUGGCCGAUGAUAUCACCUAUUCAGGACUGACGAGUUCAGAAUUUUCGGCAGAACUAUCAAAAAGAGAUGUCACCGUAUCACAAUAUGCAGCCCAAACUUACGAUGCAGUUUGGGCCAUGGCUAUAGCUAUGAGUAAAUCCGAAGCCUUCCUACACAAGAAAAAUGUCAGUUUUGUUCAGUACACCCAUAAACGACAAGACUUAGCCUACUAUCUUCUCGGACAGAUGAAGGAAUUACAUUUCGAUGGAGUUUCGGGUCCAGUAUCGUUCGAUGGAGCAGACCGUGUUGGAAUUACGGCUUUCUACCAAAUGCAGGGUCACGACCAACGAAGGAUAGCCAUAUUUACACCUGACAACGGUCAACUAAUAAUGAACUGCCCGGGGUGUGCAAUCACACGAUGGCCAGGCGGACAUCCGCCUGCAUCCAGGAGAGUUUUCCGCUUGAGGGUUGUAACUGUGGCUCCAGCAGCCUUUCUCGUCGUCACCUGUCUCUCAAGUGUGGGAGUUACUCUCGCCCUUGCUUUUUUGGCAUUUAAUCUCCACUUUCGAAGACAUAAGAGUAUAAAGCUCUCAAGUCCUAGAUUGAACAAUAUGGCGGCAGUAGGAUGCAGCUUGGUUUACGGAGCAGUAGUUCUACUUGGUCUUGAUCACGCGACUUUACCGGACAGUGAUGGUUAUUUCCCCGUAGUCUGUACAGCAAGAGUCUACCUCCUAUCAGCAGGAUUCUCUCUCGCCUUUGGUUCUAUGUUUACCAAGACCUACAGAGUUCAUCGGAUCUUCACCAGGAGUAGAAGUGGUGUCGUGAAAAAUAAGCUGCUUCAGGACACUCAACUCAUCAGUUUAAUUUGCAUCUUGCUCUUAAUUGAUGGACUUGUGGUUACUCUGUGGGUCAGUUUAGAUCCAAUGCAACGGCAUCUUCGAAACCUCACUCUCGAAAUUAAUCCUCAGGAUCGAGGAGUAGUUUAUCAACCUCAGGUGGAAGUCUGUCGAUCUCAGCACACUAAUGGGUGGUUAGGAGCUCUCUAUGUCUACAAGGGUCUACUCCUAGUUGUUGGUGUUUAUAUGGCAUGGGAAACAAGACAUGUGAAAAUCCCGGCUUUGAACGACUCGCAAUAUAUUGGGAUGAGCGUCUACUCGGUGGUGAUCACUUCCGGUAUUGUGGUGGUCUUAGCGAAUCUGAUGUCCGACCAAGCGACACUAGCCUUCGUCACGAUCACUGCUUUGAUCUUGGCUUCAACCACAGCCACCCUUGGGUUACUGUUUCUACCGCAACUAGCUAAUAUCUUAUCGGGAGAGAGAGCUGAUCCAGUGGUUCAAAGUCUGGGACUGAAAAUAGAAUGCAAUACGAGAAGAUUCGUCACUGAUGAUACCAGAGAGCUUCAGUAUCGAGUGGAAGUGCAAAAUCGAGUGUACCGUCGAGAAAUGGCUCAGCUGGAACUGGAAUUAGCCAGAUUGGAGAAACAAUUAGGCCAGGACCCUGUUGAUCCGUCGCAGGCGUCCUCCAGUGCAUCGAUUCCACAAAGGAAUCCAAGCAUAAGUGGUGGUCUGCCCCUUCUGCUACUUAGUGUACUACCCCCAGUAAUUCCUAGAGCCAGUUGGCCAUCAGCUAAUCCUUCAGGCAUGCGACGAGGAACUGUAGCGUUUAGCAGUCAACCGGAUUUGGAGCCUGGUGGUCCCAGGAGAAGCUUGGCCGACAUUUACAAGCUUUACCAGCGCAGAGAGACCGAAGGACCAAAUCGCUUAGGGGUCUUUCAACGAUUAUUCAGCCUAUUUGGCAGUCGCCCUUCCAGCAGGAAAGCUUCUACUGCAUCAUUUACUGGUGUUGCAUCAGCUUUGAGAGUUCACAUGGGUUACAUAGCUGGUUUAGUACCAGGGACGAGAGCUUCUUCGACUUACCAAGUGAACGCCCAGGGCAUUCGUUCCCCUCACCCCCGAUGUGGUUCAGGACCAAUAAUUAGCAUUACAAGCGAGGAAGAUCGGCGACUGAGCCUCGGCCUCGGGCUUCGACGUAAAGAGAGCAGCGAGCCUAGGGUCAAUUUCUCCCUUCCGCCUCAAGCCAGCACCAGCCAGACUUCAUCCCGAGACAAGAUCCGUGGCUCUCCUCGAUUUCCACAUCGAAUUCUGCCCGCGAACAGUCUAGGAACAAUAACUCCCUCAUCACCUGGUGGAACAAGACCUCAUCGCUGGCAUUCUAUGGAAGAUGCUUGGAAGCCAAAGGUCCUGGGGACUCCUCGAGGCUCCCCGAGUUCAAACUCCGACGUCUGGGCUACCCAGGAAUUCGGGAUUCCCCUGAGUGAAUUAGGUACCACUUCCAGAGGAAGACGCCCACCAGAUUAUCAGGCUCUGGCUCUCAGCUUAACAAUCCCCGCAGAUUCUAACGUUAGUCCUGAUGAUGCGAGACUCGGCAGCGACAUCAGGAAGCUCUUCAGGGAAAACGAUAGUUCUGAAGUUGUCAGUCCCAUGGAUACAGAUCCAAGAAUCACCAGGACAACUUCUUCGACUUCUUCGCCAACUGCUCUGAGGAUAUCGAGCGUGAUUGCAGAACUUAGUAAAACCAAUGGAUCUGUUGUGGCGGUAUGUGCGCAAGAAAGUGGACUAGGUGUUUCUAAUGAAGAAAUUGUAAGAUCCCUGAGUCCUAGGGUCUUGGUCACUGAUUUGAACAGUCCUAUUUAUGAGACUGCGGAUGGUCUUGAGAGUAAAGUUUCCUCUUCUGAGGAUAAAGGACCCACUUCCGCUUAAUCUUAAUGAGUGUUCCUGCAGGUCGGCUCUUAUUCAUAUUGUGUAAAAAUUUAUUCUUUUUUCUCAUCCUCUAGUUUUUUUGGAAGCAGCAAGAGAAUGAUCUUCAAAUUUGAAAAAUAAAACCGUUCCCCAAAAGUUUCCAAUUGAUUUAACAUUGAGAAAAGGCAACCCUAGCAGACUGGGCCCGCUAGGGCAUAUUUUCAUCCUUUUUCACAUUUAUUCACAACUUGAUGCAGAACUCAAAAUUCGUUCUAUCUUUUUAUAUAUUAAUAUUUAUGUAUUUGUAUUCAUGUGUUAAAAAAUUAAAAGCUGUUUGCGACAACCCGACGUAUAAUAUUGUGCGUCUGGUUACCGCGCACAACUUUUAAUUUGUAUUUUUCAAAACGUGAAUAAAUACAAAUAAAUAUAAAUGCUUAAAAAGAUUAAAAGAUCUUUUCUGAAAUAAGUUCUAUGUGCAAUUGUGAAUAAAUAUGAAAAAGGAAUCAAAUAUUCCCUAGCAGAUCCCAUAAUAUGUGUUGCCAAAAAAAUUAUAGAUGCUUAUGAGGAUUUGUCAGUCUUAUGCCGAAUGUGGAAAAUGUUUUUUUCUUGUCUAAAACUUCUAAGCUGUUUAAAAAAUACUUAUAUGUUUAAAUACACAGAUCAUUGAAAAAAACAGGAAUAACGUACUUAAUUAACAGUUUUUCAAGAAAAACUGAAUAUUCGAUUGUACUCUUUUGGUUAAUGUUUCCCUUUCGCUUUAAAAAAAAAAA